GAAAAAGCUAAAUAAUUUAUUUAGGUUUGGUUCUCUUGUCUUUUAGUUUUUUAACUAAACUAUAAAAUAAAUCUGUGACCCGCGCGACACCCGGAAGAAGAGGCGCGAGUCUUAUUCUGAAACCAGAUGCGAUCAAAUUCAUUCGGUGUGUGUUCUUUUAUUUUGAAACUUGUCCCGGAUGUUUUUAUUUCGUUGUUUCCGUUUGCCGAUGUCGGUCAGCUGUCUACCGGGUAGUUACCCGUAACUACCGAUCACUACCCGUAACUACCCACAACGCACCGGGGGAAUGGAGACGUUCAGUAAGCUGAGCAGCUUGUUGCUGCGCGCGCUGGAGACGAGGGAGCCUACCGUUGACCUGCUGGAGUCCUUUGUAGAUAAUUGGAAAUCAAUAACUAAUUAUUACAUCCAGACAACAGAUGACAGUCGUCCUGUCAGACAGACAGAGAUCCCCUGGUGUCUCAGACAGAUGUUGGACAUCCUGGUGUACGAAGAGAAACAACAGGUGGAGGACACAGGACCAUGUUUGGAGUAUCUUCUGCAACACAAACUGUUGGAGACUCUGUGCACUCUGGGAAAGGCUCAGUACCCCCCAGGCAUGAUCCAGCAGGUCUUGUUGUUCUUCUCCAAGUUGUUGUCUCAGAUCCAGAAGCCUCUGCUGCAGCUCAUCGCCGUCUACAGGCCUGUGCAGAAGCUGAUUGGUCUAUGUGCACUUCCUGGUUCCCACACUGAGAAGGAGGAAGCUCAGUUCUUAUUGGUGGUUUGCUCCAGAGUCAAACAGGAUCCGCACACGCUCAGAUACCUCUUACAGGUAAAGGUGGCAGCCUCCAAUCACAGCAAAGAGCUGCUACUGCCACCCAGCCAAUCAGAUUCAGCUACCGACAGCCCUGUCCAAUCAGAGUCCGGUUUGCUGUCGGCUCUGCUGCAGCUCGCCCAGAGUCAGACGGCUUCGGUAUGUCUGAAGGCCUUUGAGAGCCUCCUGCUGCUGUCUGCUCUCCAGACUGAAUCUUCAGGGGAGCUUCUGGCCGAUCACACCCAGCUGGGAGAGCUGCUGACUGGGAGGCUGCUCCAGCUUUACGCUCUGCUGCCUCUGGAGAGUCUGGAUGCUGGAGAGCUGCAGAGCUGGCCUCAUACACCAUGGAGCUCUCAGUUCUCUCACUGCAGAUCUGAUCUCAGUUCAAAGUCUUCUAGUUCUAAUCAGAUGAACAACUUCUUUUCCUGGUUGGACUUCCUGGAUCACCUGAUGAGAGAAGCACCUCAGGUGUUGGCAGUGAAGAUAGCUCAGUGUGUUCAUCGGUUUUGGUUGUUUGACAUUCUUCAGCCUCAACUGCUCCACACGUGUGAGCAGGUGGUCCUGGUCUCCACCUCCAUCCUGUGUGUUGCUGUCAGACUGGUUAAGUCCUGGUCUCUGCUGGAUCAGCUGGUUCACUUCCUGCUGAAGACCCCCCCCCUACCUGAGCUGCUGCUGCAGCGCUGUGACCACAUCUCUGACCAGAUCAGCCUGGCGUCUCUGUGUCUGGUGGAGGAGUUGCUACAGAAGCCCCACAGGGACAUCCUGGAGGUCCUGGUGGUGACCUUCCUGCAGAGCCGGAGUUACCUGUCUGCACCUGCUGCCGGUCAGGAGGACACGCCCCUCCAGAGCAACCAGGCCAAUGAGGACAGCGAUGAUCUGGAGGAGGACCCAUUCUUCUCUGACAGCUUGCUGUUCUCAGACAGCCUUCCUCCUCCUCCUCUCUCCUCCGCCUCUUCCUCUGCUGCUCCUCCCUCUGGUCUGGGAUCAGCUGCUGAUGUUGUCAACAGUUUCCUGUGUUUAGUUCCGGUUCAGGUUCGAUCAGCUCAGCUGCUGCAAGAAGGAGGAUUCGAGUCGUAUGUCCACGACGCUCACACACAGGUGACUCAGUGUGAGUCUCUCUCUCUGUCCUGGGAUUGGCCGCUCAGUCUUCCCUCCUCCUCAGGUGAGGGGGAGGAGUUCUUUGAAGGUCACCUGCUGAAAGUUCUGUUUGACCGACUGGGGCGUGUCCUCGAGCAGCCGUACGAGUUGAACCUGAGGCUGACUGCCGUUCUGUCCCGUCUGUCGGCUUUCAACCACCCGCUGCUGCAGGAAUACCUGCUCGACCCCUACAUCCACCUGUCUCACUGCUCCAGGUCGCUGUUCUCUGUCCUCAUCAGGUUGAUGGGAGAGUUGAUGCAGAGAGUCCAGCUGGUGUCCAACCUGACAGACAGACUGCUGAACACCAGGAGAGACCUUCUGGGCCUGAACCACGACAUCGGACUGGAGCACCUGACUCUGCUGAGAGGACUCGUCGUCCUCGAGGAGUUCUGUCAGGAGCUUGCCGCCAUUGCCUUUGUCAAACUGCCUAAGGACCAGGUAGUGACACCCCUUGACCAGCAGGGACUCGCCUGGACUAGCAGGGACUCACCUGGACCAGUAGUGAACCCUCCGGACCAGCAGUGACACCCCUGGACCAGCAGAGACUCACCCGGACCAGUAGUGACACCCCUGGACCAGCAGGGACUCACCUGGACAAGCAGAGAUUCACCUGGAUCAGCGGUAUCAUAAACACUUGUUACAUGUGGUCUUCUACUAAAGGACGACAGGUGACUCUGCUGGUGCACCUGGACUAAAGGUGAAGCCGCUUUGACCUAAAGCGUUUGUCAGGCGACCCUGAACGCCUCAUUGUCUCACAGUGUGACCUUACUGUGACCUCAUUGUGACAUCGCUGACCUCACUGUGGGCUCUCUGUUUUAGUUAUUUAUUACAGUUUUAAUAUGAAACACAAAGCAGAGUUUCUGACUUACAGUUCAAUAACAUCAGGAGCAGGUGACCUUUGACCUUUACACUCUGCUGCCCCCUCAAAAUUAAAUAAUGUCACGAAUAUAACUUUAUAUAUUUAACUUUGAUAUUUAAAUCCAGUAUUAUCCAAAAGUACAAUCGAAAUGUAUUCAAUAAAAAUUGAAUCAGACUUUUAAACCUGUGGAUCUUCUUUUGUUUCUUUUUUUCGAUUAAUGCAUACAAUUAUAUAUAUAUAUACAUGUAUAUAUACUGUAUGUAAAUGUAUAAAUAUUUAGGAUAAUAUAUAUACAGGACUGUCUCAGAAAAUUAGAAUAUUGUGAUAAAGUUCUUUAUUUUCUGUAAUGCAAUUAAAAAAACAAAUGUCAUGCA